UGCCGCCACCAGCUCUACCAUCGCCACUCCCUGGUUGUGGAAGGGAAGAUGGAGCCGGUGACCGGCGCCACUGACAGCGGGGAGCGGCCGGGGGCCCCGGUGGGCGCAGGCCUGUCGGCUUCCCAGCGACGGGCCGAGCUGCGGCGGAGAAAGCUGCUCAUGAACUCGGAACAGCGCAUCAACCGGAUCAUGGGCUUUCACAGGCCCGGGGGCGGCGCGGAAGAAGAAAGUCAAACAAAAUCAAAGCAACAAGACAGUGACAAACUGAACUCCCUCACGAUUCCUUCAGUUUCAAAGCGAGUGGUGCUGGGUGAUUCGGUCAGUACAGGAACAACUGACCAGCAGAGUGGUGUGGCGGAGGUAAAGGGGACUGAUUUGGGAGACAAACUGGACUCUCUCGUUAAACCACCUGAGUGCAGUAAUGAUGUAAGCCUUGAGCUCCGGCAGCGGAACAGAGGGGACCUGACAGCAGACACUGUCCAGAGGGGUUCUCGCCAUGGCCUAGAACAGUACCUGUCCAGAUUUGAAGAAGCAAUGAAGCUAAGGAAACAGCUGAUUAGUGAAAAACCCAAUCAAGAGGAUGGAAAUACAACAGAAGAAUUUGACUCUUUCCGAAUAUUUAGAUUGGUGGGAUGUGCUCUUCUUGCCCUUGGAGUCAGAGCUUUUGUUUGCAAAUAUUUGUCUAUAUUUGCUCCAUUUCUUACUUUACAACUUGCAUAUAUGGGACUAUACAAAUAUUUUCCCAAGGGUGAAAAGAAGAUAAAGACCACAGUACUAACAGCAGCACUUCUAUUAUCUGGAAUUCCUGCCGAAGUGAUAAAUCGAUCAAUGGAUACCUACAGCAAAAUGGGCGAAGUUUUCACAGAUCUCUGUGUCUACUUUUUCACUUUUAUCUUUUGUCAUGAACUGCUUGAAUAUUGGAGCUCUGAAGUACCGUGAAGACUGCAGAACUCAGAAGGAGAAGCUUGCAGAAAACCGGUUUCUCUUCUAUAUUUCAGUGUCCCAAAGGAGGCAAAUCAGUUUACACCUUUAUGUAAUUCUUUUACUUUGUAAGGAUUGUAAAGCUACUUGAUUAGGAAUGGAAUGGCAGGUCCUCUGAUUUAAAGGGUUGAGUUUGUAUUAAUACUGAUGUGAAAAAUAGGGCACCAGUGUCAUUAACUGAUUCUUCUUGUUUAAUUAAUCCCUAGCGUACACCUUUCCCUAACUGCUCAGAUUUGUAAUUCUUCUUUGGGGGGCUGAGCUAGUGCUUUGAGGGAGCAGAGGAACAUGGUCUCAGCCAGCCCCUUGUAAUUGGGGACUGCAUCUUGUAUUUGUGUUGUUCUGUCCUGAGAAAUGGAGCCAUCUUAAAAAUAAAAUGAAAGAAACUGAAUUGUC